AUGUUCGCAGCUGUUGUAAACGUACUGGCGAGUUCGUCGAAAGCAUCUGGCCAGGGCAUCGACUCUGCAGAGGAGAACGUCACUGACACUAACAACCUUGCAAAGGCCAAGGAAGCAGUGGAUGGCAUCAUCGAUGUCAUCGACUCUCUGAGCGAACUGGUGAUCAGUCGGAAACGACCGGACGCCAAGCCAACAGUGAUCAGUCAGGGACCCUUCCAGAUUGCCCUGCAGAGGCAGAGUUGUCGUGACACGGGACCCCAGAUAGUCAGGCCUACGGGACAGAGCGACACGUGGUUCCGCAUCCCGGGAUUCUCCACUCUCUUUGGGCAUUCUUGUGGACAAUCUAUUUCCAUAGAGAACUACGAAACAUCCCUGAAUCCGUACUUCUACGCCAACAACUCGGACAAGAUCAAGUCGCCCGUGGCGUCACUGAAGUUCAGAAGUGAUUCAGGUCCGGUUGAGGUCAAUGACCUGCAAGUUCCUAUUGACGUCAUGAUGCCGCAGAAACCAGGUACUGUGGUGGUGCAGACAGAGCGCGGGGAGACCACACCGACUGGACAGGACGUCAUGUCGGUACAUAACUUCACAAUUACUGAAGGUGCCAGCUCCGUGCAUGUCACCGUCACACCUGACGUGGAAGGAAUACCACUCCGUUUAUUUCUCGGUAUCAACAGCGCCCCCUCCCGACAGGAGAGAUAA